AUGGGCGAGUCUCUCGAAGAAGUGGAGGCCUCGGUGAUAGAGACGAUAAGCACGAUUGAGGGCUGGAUGAACGGAGUCAAGCUACAAAUAGCUCACCACAAAACGGAAGUGUUGUUGGUGAGCAACUGCAAGCCGAUCCAGCGUACCGAGAUAGAUGUAGGGGGACAUGCGAUUUCAACUAAGCGAACUCUGAAACUUCUCGGAGUGAUGAUCGACAACCGGUUGAACUUUAACUGCCAUGUCGACUAUGCCUGCGAGAAGUCCGCGAAGGCGAUACAUGCAAUAACGAGUAUCAUGCCAAAUGUCGGUGGCCCGAAAAGUAGCACAAAACGUCUGUUAGCUAGUGUAUCUUCGUCAAUACUACGGUAUGGUGCUCCUGCCUGGGGAACAGCAUUGAAAACGAAGAGGAGCCGUGAACAGCUGAACAGAGCAUUCCGGCUUAUGGUCAUACGAGUCACGAGCGUCUACAGGACAAUAUCACCGGAAUGA